CUUGCCCUGCCACGUUGAACCUGCACACCAUGACGAGAAUUUUCACCCCCUAUCUUGCCCAGAUUGGCCCUCGACAACCCUAUCACGGCCCGCUGGUGGACUUCGUUUUUGCACCUCGUCCGCCUCUGCCGCCUGGUUGUGACACAAUAUUGGGCUGGGCACCGCUCAUCAGGACAUCGACAUCCAUCCCCACAUCAUGUGGCAGAACCCCAUCGCUCGCGGCGGAAUUUCUCCUCCCCGAGCCCCGAGAGCUGGAAAAUUUAGGGGACUGGUCAGGCUUCAUGCCCUAUGAUCAAGGCCUGCAUCAUGAAGAGACUCUUUGCUGCAUGGGCUGCAGAAAUCAGUCUCGUUGCCAGCAAAUCAAGAGCCGCAGAUGCUGCUAUCGUGGCUCGAGCGAUUCCCCUAUGGCGUGCAUGUCAGCACACGAUAUGCCCAUGUCCCAGCAAAUCCCCCAAUCCUACAGGGAACGGUGCAAAAACUCUGAGAUUCAGAUUGAUCUUUGCGGCUUUGCGCGGCUUGGCACCAUGGAUGCGGUUUUGGCUCGGGCCGCGCAGUCGGCGUCAGAUGCGUGGAUGUUGCGCGCGAGCGAGCCUGGUCACGAUGAGCUGCCUGGUAGGAGAGCCACGCCUGUUGAGGACGAGUCAGGCCGGGCACACGCGCUGUCGCGUCCUAUGGAAUUUCGGAGGGAGAAGGUGAUUGGAAAGCUUCUUGCUAGAAUGCGCGAAUAUGUCAAGAAGAUACUUGCUUCUGGAAAAGGAGAACGUCAAGCGGAUGCACACUUCUUAACCUGA